UCUCCCCUGAAAAUGGGUUUCCUGGGCAGGCUGCCGGCGCUGCCGAAACUGGUCGGGGCGGCGGCGGGCCGGGGGGGCGGCGGGGCCUGGCGGCGGCCGGGACGGCCCUACGCGGGGAGCGCUUUCGCGGGCCGCGCCGCCUCCUCCCGGGCGCUGGGCGAGUACGAGGAAGUUUUCAGGAGCUCCGUGGCGGAGCCCGAGAAGGUGUGGGGAGCCGCCGCCGAGCAGAUCCAGUGGUACAAGCCCUGGGCCCGCACCCUGGAGAGGGGCGGCCCGGGGAGCGCCUCCUGGUUUGUAGGUGGAGAGCUGAAUAUCUGUUACAAUGCUGUAGAUCGUCAUGUUGAGAAUGGACGAGGAGACCAAAUUGCCAUUAUUUAUGACAGUCCUGUAACAAAUACCAAAGAGAAAAUAACCUAUAAGGAACUUCUUGAACAGGUCUCCAAGUUAGCUGAUGUCAUGGUCAAACAUGGCGUGAAGAAAGGAGAUCGUGUCGUCAUCUACAUGCCCAUGAUUCCACAGACAGUGUACUGUAUGCUGGCUUGUGCAAGAAUAGGAGCCAUCCAUAGCCUGAUUUUUGGUGGAUUUGCAUCUAAAGAACUUUCGGUUCGCAUUGAUCAUGCAAAGCCCAAACUUAUUGUAACAGCAAGCUUUGGAGUAGAGCCGAAAAGGAAAGUGGAAUACAUAUCCCUCCUAGAAGGAGCAUUGGCAAGGGUGCAGAGCAAACCUGAUAAAGUUCUCAUUUACAAGCGACCUAAUUUGGGCGACGUUCCUCUCGUCCCAGGUCGCGAUCUUGACUGGGAAGAAGAGCUUGCGAAAGCACAAUGUUAUAAAUGUGUCUCCGUUCCAUCAGACCAUCCCCUUUAUAUUCUGUAUACAUCUGGAACAACAGGCUUACCCAAGGGUGUUGUCAGACCAACAGGUGGCUAUGCAGUUAUGCUGAACUGGACAAUGUCAGCUGUAUAUGGACUCAAACCUGGUGAGGUGUGGUGGGCAGCUUCUGAUUUAGGCUGGGUUGUUGGUCAUUCCUACAUUUGCUAUGGGCCUCUCCUUCAUGGGAAUACUACAGUUUUGUAUGAGGGGAAGCCUGUGGGAACGCCAGAUGCUGGUGCCUAUUUCCGUGUGCUAACAGAGCAUGAAGUAGCUGCCUUCUUUACUUCACCAACUGCAAUUAGAGCAAUCCGUCAGCAGGACCCUGAGGCAGCCUUGGGAAAGCAGUACUCUCUGAAAAGGUUCAGAAUGUUAUUUGUAGCUGGUGAGCACUGUGAUGUGGACACACUAGAAUGGUCAAAAAAGGUCUUCAAGGUACCUGUCUUGGACCACUGGUGGCAAACUGAAUCUGGUUCUGCAAUUACUGCUUCCUGUAUUGGUUUGGGGAACUCUACAACACCUCCACCAGGACAGGCAGGAAAACCAGUGCCAGGAUACAAUGUGAUGAUUCUGGAUGAAAAUAAGGAACCAGUGAAGGCGAGGACUUUAGGAAAUAUUGUGGUAAAGUUGCCUUUGCCUCCUGGAGCAUUCUCAGGCCUCUGGGAAAAUCAGGAAACAUUCCAGAAGUUAUAUUUUCAAAAAUUUCCAGGAUAUUAUGACACUAUGGAUGCAGGUUAUAUGGAUGAAGAUGGCUACUUAUAUGUCCUGUCUCGAGCUGAUGAUGUGAUCAAUGUUGCUGGGCACAGAAUUUCAGCAGGUGCGAUUGAAGAGUGUGUUCUCUUCCAUCACGCUGUGGCAGACUGCGCUGUUGUGGGGCAGGAGGACCCUUUGAAAGGGCACGUUCCGUUUGCGCUGUGUGUACUGAGAGAAGGUAUAAAGACAGAAGAGGAGAAGAUUUUGGAAGAGAUUGUUGAGCGGGUUAGAACUAACAUUGGUCCAGUAGCAGCUUUCCAGAAGGGGGUGUUUGUGAAACAGCUACCAAAAACACGCUCUGGAAAGAUACCACGUUCAGCUCUUUCUGCGCUUGUCAGUGGGAAGCCCUAUAAGAUAACACCGACCAUUGAAGAUGCUAGUGUGUUUAAACACAUUGAAGAAGUGCUAAAGAAAAAGUAAAUGGGAUAACGUGUUGGUAACAAACACGUCAGUUACUGAAAUAUACCAAGACACUUUCUGCUAGGAAAUACCACAUUUUAAACCUAGUAAUAAUUUGGGACUCAGUUUUUUUACUUUAGAAAUGUUACCGUGUUCUUUACCAUAUUGUCAAAGCCAAUGAAGCAUACUCAACUCUCUGCACAUUGUUAUUAUAUGACGGAUAUUAAGGUUACUAAGACUUGCAAGUAGAAUUCAUACAUUUCUAUAGCCUUAAAGGGAAGGAGCCACUGGAUUAUCUAUUUUAUAUGAUGUCAUGUAACCCUACAUUUCAGUACAUUAUUGUAUAAUGUGACCACCAAUCCGAGUUUGGAGGAAAAACUGUUUACAAAACGUUAAGUCAUGAACUGAGGACAGCAAUAAAAAGGAAUUCUAAUGUGAGCAUUCUUGCAGGCAUAAUUGUCCUCACUUGUGAAUUAUAAGUCUUGGUCUUUUAAAUUUUUAUAAAUUUUAAAAUUUGUUUUCUUGAUUCCACUAAGUUUUUUUCAAGAUUUGCCCAUAGCAAUACUGAAUAAAACCUGUGUAUUUUAAAUAAAGGCAGGUAUUUACACUUUGCAUUUUCUGAUAA